AUGCGCUACCGCAAAGGUUCGAUGCGAAACAGUAGCUGGCCAAAGGAGAUGCAAGAGACUUUACAAGAUGUGAUCGACUGGACAAAGAGUGUAGUAUACAGCCACGUGGAAGCCAUAGUCGAAAGAAUGGUGCUCGAGGAUAUGGAAGAGACCGUCACGGGUGAUGCAUCGGGUGUAGCUCUGACCUCAAGGUCACCAGCGUCCGACUCUCCCAUCACCGCUGUCUUUACACAGCCAUUGACACCCGAAGCGCAGUUGCUGGCUUACAAGAUGUUUGAACUCUAUCACCGACAGAUGAUGCCGUUGUUCCCCUUUGUGUGGAUAUCCCUAGACGAGUCGCCCGAGAAGCUCUUCCGGGAGAGACCCAUGCUAUACAUGGCCAUCAUGGUGGUGGCAUGUCAGCAAAAUGUGGAUGCUCAACAGGAGCUUGCUCAGCGGUGGCGAGAGGAACUUGGUCGCAGGAUAUGGGCACAAGGAGAGAAGAACCUCCAUCUCCUGCAGGGACUCGGUCCACAGCUCAACAACCUCAUGCACACAGCCAUGUCAUUAGCUGAGGAGCUUGGAAUCAGCAGGGAGAAAUCCAUGAGUACCAAGACCUCUCCAGGAGGGUUGAAUGAUUAUUUCACCACCAAUCAAGGGACUCGGGAAAAGACCAACGAAGAACGACGAUGCUAUCUUGGCUUGUUUUGGAUCAACUCCGUGUUGAGGAUGUGUGUAAAGGAUACUUGUCCUUUGCCAGGAGGCCAGUCUAUCGAAGAAGCCCGCUUAGCGCUGCAGCAAGCGGCAGAGCUCCCUUGCGAUGAAUAUCUCGUCCAGCUCGUCCGGGUACAUCAAGUUGCCAACAUUGUCGAUAAAACUCUCUAUCAAGAUCUGAGUUCAACCGAAGUAGUCCUUCCUGGUGCAGUACUCAUGGCUGUUUCACAUCUUGAAAAGGAGGUAGAGGCGAUCAAAAGCUCUCUCCCCCAAGCACUUCCUCAACAAGAGUUUUUGCUCAUGUCUUGCCACGUGUUACAGAUCUUCCUGUACAAAGUGGGCAUGGAUGACCGCCUAUUGCAGAGCAUGGAAACACCAAGCUCUUCAGCUUUUUCUUUGCGGCUGUCUGACGUCCUGGCUUCAUGCUUAAGCGCAGUAAAAGCCGAGACUUCAUCUGUUCUCUCUUUGGCCAACUCUGUCAUUCUGUCAAUGCCCUACCCAUACUGGAUCCAAUUAGGUCAUGCGAUCUUGAUAUUCUCACGCCUAUUGACUACACAUCACAACUUCUGGGAUCCAGGACUUCUCACCAGCAUCCAAGAUUUUACUGAUACACUUGAGGCACUAUCUCAAAAACUGGAGGGAGCCAUGAGCGAAGCCAUUAAUUCCUAUCCACCUCGGUUCCUGCCAACUGUGUUCACCAAACUGCGCGAAAGGUUUAUCAAUAUUUGCAAAAGAGUUGAAGAAACCUCAAGAGCAAACACUCAAAUGAAUCUUGGGAGUACAGAACCAUCAGUCUCUGACAUGUUUGAUCCCGGGAAUAUGGCCAUGGAUGAGCAGACGGAAGCUUUACUGUUUAGCUUUUUCACGGAUGGACUCAUAUAA